UUGCGUCCUUUUUCUUGUUUUAAUUUUCUUUUCUUAUUGACCGGAAUUAAUUGUUCGGUUGUUAAUUCCUUAGUUUUUUUCUAUUUCCACUUUUUAGUUUUUGAUUUUUACUUCGAUUUACAAGUCUGAUUUACCGUUUUAGUUUUAUUGUCUUACAUAUCCAUCGUUUAUACUCAUUAUUAUUUUUGUUUUGUUUUACUAUAAAAGCUCAUUAAAUUUAAAUCCUACCCCCAUUUUCUAACAAAAUCUUUUCUUUUUCCCACCUAUCUUCUAAUCAAAUUUUUAUUUUUUUGUCACAACUUUAAUUCUUUUCUCUUUUUAGAUCAUAUAUUAAAAAGAACUAACAUUUUGAAUAAUGAUCCUUCGCAAUCGCGAUUUGAACGUUCAACAAAAAGACAAUGAACAAAAUCGGAAGAAAUCAACACAAGGAGUUAACGCGGCAACAAAACGUCAGGCUGCUCGAAUCAUAAAGGAUGACAAAGAGACGAAGAAGAAUGGGUCUAAAGACGAGCCAAAGCCGAAGCGUGCUUGCACUGCUGUUGCGUCGCCAGUUAUUCCGGACAUCACGAAAGGACUUUAUAUCAACUCAUCAAAGAAGGUUUCAGAUCAAAAUCUCGCGAGCGCUUCGAACAAAGUGGAGGAGUUCGAAGUGGUUGCUUCACCGAGAAACGAACAGAUCUUGGAGUUGGCUGUUAAGUCGCCAGAUCCUGUUGCUGAUUUUGAUGCUGAAAGUGCUGGAGACAUGGGUGCUAUGGCAGAAUAUGCUUCGGACAUUUUUCUCUAUUAUAAAUUUAGAGAGAAAUUCUUCCACAUUAGCGACUACUCGAAACGACAGCCAAAUAUUGACAUGGCGGUUCGCGGUUCUUUGGUUGAUUGGUUAAUUGGACUGCAAGAGACUUUUGAACUUAAUCAUGAGACUCUUUAUUUGGCUGUGAAGCUUUUUGAUCUCUUUAUGGAUCGUUCGCCUGGAGUUGUUGCUCGCGAUGAUAUUCAAUUGGCUGCUUGUACUGGAAUCUUUAUUGCUUCGAAAUUUGACGAACGUGCUCCGCCUCUAAUUGAAGAUCUUGUCUACAUGUCAGAGGAAAUAUUCAAGCCUGAUCAACUUAUGGCAAUGGAGCGUCGUAUGCUUAAAGUGGUUGGAUUUGACUUGGGAGCUCCGCUCUCAUAUCGCUUUCUGCGCCGUUUUGCUAGGAUUGCCAAAGAAGACAUGGGGACAUUAACGCUUGCUCGUUAUAUUUUGGAGACUGCUUUAAUGUCGUUGAGUUUCUGCCGUCAUUCUGAGUCGCUGAUUGCCAUUUCUGCGUUAUUGCUUGCAAAACGUAUGAAAGGAGCUGCAAACGAUUGUUUCUUAUGGUGGCACAGAAGAGUUCUGGGUACAAAUUGGAUAAAAUUGAAAGUCUAAUGUGGAAACUUAACAAGAUGAUUCUUCAGCGCAAGACAUUUUUCCCUCAAAUGGAAAAUGUUUUCCGCAAGUACAGCCACGA